UUACCAUAAGCCAGAAAUUUGUCCCCAAGGCAUGAUGUCCCUUGUUCACCAGGCUGGCAGUGAGAAGCAGAGGCUGGAGGGCCUUGUGAUCCAGGCCAGCGAGGAACAGGAGAUCAAGAAGAGGGACGAGAAGUUGGCAGUGCUCAAGGAGGACAACCAGAAGAAGAAGGAUCAUCUGGCCCAGCUGCAGCAGAGAGCCAGCUUCAUCAAUACAACCAAGGAGAAACUGGACAAGCUCAUAGCAAUGCUGCAAGAGAUCCAGCAGGAAAAGUCAAAGGAGAAGGACAUCCAGGCAGCCAUCCAGAAGAGGGUCUCCCAAGUCACCGAACUUCAGGAGGAGAUCAAGGACCAAGAACAGAGUAAUCUGCAAUUAACUCAGCAGCUCACAGCCUCAGAAACCAAGCUGCAACACAUCCACCAGGCGUGGGACCUCAAGCAGGACAGCCUCAACAAAGAGAUCAAGGAGCAGAAACAGGUUCUCGAGGACCUGGAGCGCAACCAGACGGAGCAGGACAUUGUGUGCAAGGAAGUGAGUGAUGACGUGGCUGACCUGGACGGGCAGAUCAGACAGUCCAUGGAGGAGAUCCGGAACACCAACAUCAUGAUAAAGAACAACUACAAGCUUAUCCUCGAUGCUAUGGAGGAAGGCAACGUUGAGCUGAUGUCUGCCCUCACUGAGGCCACCAAGUGUGUGGAGGAGUUUAGGUCUGCAGAGUGACUCCAGUCCUCAGGCGGGCCAAGGCUUCAGAGGAUACCAGGCUGAGGAUCAAUGGGGAUUCAGUUCUUACUUCCGGACUUUAUAUUUUCUAAGGCUUAUGGAUUUACGCCUUUAUAUUUCCUAAGGCUUACGGUUAUACUAUAGUGUUACGUAGUGUUGUCGGGAGCAUUUAUUGGUGCAGCAGUUACUUGCAUCCUGAGUGUUGCAGGGUGUGGCUGUUACUCUGCACUCGUGUACCCAGGCAGGUUUUUACACACCUUUUCAGGCACUUGUGUACCCAGGCAGGUUUUUACACACCUUUUCAGGCACUUGUGUACCCAGGCAGGUUUUUACACACCUUUUCAGGCACUGGUGUACCCAGGCAG